AUGCCCAACAAUACCUGUACUCACUUCAAUUCCAAAGGCGUGAAUGCCAGUGAGCUGGUAGGUCCAGCCGGAUUCCGCUGCGGGACGCAUCGAGGCUUUCCAAGGCCCGUAAAAGACGAGCGUCAAGGGAUUAUCGACGUAUCCAUCAAGAUGGUCGAAGGCACCGGCAACUGCCGCGCUCAUGAAGUCCUUCGUCCCUACAGCCCGCUGCAGCACUUGUUGGAGGCCAUGAAAGCCCUUGUCACCACCGCCAAUGGCGCCAACUAUGUCUCGCGCUCCUCUCUGGUGCCCGUUUUCGGCUCCAUUAUUUAG